ACAUGACAUACGACCCCCUUUUCCUAGUUGAUCGAGUUGAGCCACAGAAUUGUAGUUGAGCAUUGAGCAGAUGAGCAGUGUCGUUUAAGCUGAAAGCUGUAUUUGUCAGAGGGUCUGUAGUUUUUAUGAGCGGUGCACCAUCAACAUAGUUCUGGUUUGUGAAUAUUCUCAAAAAAACUCAGAAUGGUUGUUAACACAGAAACUAAUCCCGUCUAUGGACCCUUCUUUGGCGUUAUGGGGGCCGCUUCGGCUAUUAUAUUCAGCUCGUUGGGAGCAGCCUAUGGAACGGCAAAAUCCGGCACAGGUAUCGCUGCCAUGGCCGUCAUGAGGCCUGAACAGAUUAUGAAGUGCAUCAUACCCGUUGUCAUGGCGGGUAUUGUUGCCAUUUACGGGUUGGUCAUUGCCGUACUGAUCUCUGGUAGCGUAAACGACAACUCAACCUACAGCUUAUAUAAUGGUUUUGUACAUUUGGGUGCAGGACUAUCAGUAGGCUUCUCUGGACUUGCUGCCGGCUUUGCUAUUGGUAUUGUAGGUGACGCUGGGGUUAGAGGAAUAGCACAACAACCUAGACUCUUCGUGGGAAUGAUUUUGAUUCUCAUUUUCGCUGAGGUAUUAGGUCUGUACGGUCUCAUUGUAGCUAUCUUCCUCUAUACCAAAUCUUAAACUGUCAAAUCCUCAUCAUCUUCCCAACAUCGCAAACCGAAUGUUGCACCUCUCGCCCCCGAUCAUUUUGUUUUCAAUAUUUUAAUAAGUGUAAAAAAAAAUGAUUGUAAAAAAUCGGUAACAGGCGGUGAAAGUGACAAAGAUGGGGGUUGUAAAUAAUUUAGUAUUGAUAGGGCUCUUAUUUUAGAAGUACGAGACAAAAUAAACUAUACUCAUGCCAAAGACUGCGGUUGAAUAGGUUGUCUGAGUGAAAUUGUUCGUUGUGUAUUUUGCUUCGUACUCUUCUAUACCAGUACUAUCAUUGUAAAUAAUUUUAAACAGACUUAGAUGCCUCCAGCUUCAUUUUCAUAGCGAGUCACCUCCUAUCAGUAAAUUAAUUGUAUAGUUAUUCGUAGAUUCUAGGUUAUCUAUCAUCUUUUUCCUAUAUAAUUAUGAAAAAAGGCUCUAUUGAGUCUACCAAGUAUUUGAAUAAAGUUACAAACAGUAGCACAAUUAAUUUUUUAUUUUGUUUCAACAAGGUCAUGGCCUUUAGAAAUAUGGGCAGGUUACAACACUUAUGGUUAAGGAAUGUUAUUUUGGCAGUUUUUUCAUAUACAUUUUCAAGCGAGUAUUAAUGCAAUUCAAUUCCAUUAAGUUUUCUGUUUUUGAAACUGUUAGUUGGAAGGUUCAAGUCUACAGUUUAUCGAAUAUUUUGACUUAUCAAAAAUCGGUUCUGAAUCCAUGCUCAUUAAUUUACAAAAUUGAAAUUAUCAAGAGUUUUGUGAGAUGUUCAGUCACCUUCCAAAUACUAACAUAAAUUGGUCUUGUUAAGUUAACAUUGUUGUAAAUAUGACAACAUGAGUGUAUUGAUGGUUUUUGAUGUCCAUAGUUAUACGUGUUAGCCUAAAAAUAGUUUAGCUUUUAAAAAAAGCACACCCACCUGAAAAAAUGGCGAAAAUAAUUGUUAGCUGGCUGUGCUUUUUUGUCCUUAGACCAUACAAAUGUUAUACAGGGUUGUUGUGGAAAUGGCUGAUUUUCCACUUGUCUUUGUAACCUUUAAAUUUUGUCUCAAGUCAUCGAUUAAAAUUAUUUAUCUCGGCUCUUAUUUGAAGGCUGAUGAAGGGUGCUAUACAAACUCCUGAAAACACAAUAUAAAUGGAAAAUCACUAUUCAAUUACCCUGUAGUUUUCCUUUUUUCAUUUUGACAUAGAUCAACUUUGUCAGCAUGUGAAGCUUGUUGGGAAAACAUCUGCUUAUUGAACAGGUUAGUUAUUAUAGGCAGAUGUUAAUCCCAUUGUUGUAGAGUAUUAUAUUAUGUAGAGUGGUUCUGUUGUAAGAAGGGAACAGCAAAAUUUUGUUGAAAAUAAAUAAUUUGUACAUUCCAUUAUAUCUCUGUUUUAUCAA